AUGGGGGCCUGGUGCCGGAGGAACGGUGAAACGCUUAGGAGUGAGCUCGGAGGCCCCUGGAUGAUCGCGGACCCGGGCCCCCUGUCAGCGUUCCACCCGCCCCAGGGCAGGGCGGCCUGCAGGGGCGCAAAACUGCCCGCGCCGGCGGAGGGCGCUCCGCGCGGGUGGCCAGCCAUGGCCGCGGGCCCCGCGGGCGCUGCGGCGGCCGAGGAGCAGCUGCGGCAGGCGGAGGCCUUCAAGGCCGAGGGCAACAGAUGGUACGGCCAGGAGGAGUACAGGAAGGCGCUGGGAGCCUACCACAAGGUCUUCUGCUACGUGAACGGGCUCCCGAACCUCGGCGACCGCGCCGACGCCAGCGAGGAGGACAAGGCCCGCGGGGAGUCCGUGAGGAAGAUCAAGCAGACCGUGCGGCUCAACAUGGCCCCGGGCCUGCCCGCGAGGAGCACCAGAAGUGCGUGGACGCGUGCACCGCGGCGCUGGAGCUCGGGCCCGGCUGCGCCAAGGCGCACUUCCGGCGGGGGCAGGCGCGCGCCGCCCUGCGCGACCUGGGCGGGGCGCGGGCGGACCUGGAGCGGGCCCGCGAGCUGGCGCCCGACGAC